AAAUAUUUAUUUGCUCUUCUUUGCAAGAAAAAUUUAAUAUAAAAAGUUUAAUAUAACUAUUGUUUUUAAUGCACAAUAAAUUGGAGUGAUUCUACACACAAAUAGGCAAAUGGAAGACUGCAAAUAAUAAACAAAUAGAAUGAUUUAAUGAAAACAUAUCUACAAUGGCAGAUAUAACAUUACCACCUAAGUUUAUUACGAAAGAUGAUUUUAUAGCAAACUGGUUCUCAUGGAAGAAUAAUUUCUUUAUUUGUAUGAAGCAUAUAGAUAAAACUGAAACCAAUAAACAUCUAUGGGGUAUUAUGCUUCUAAAUCGUAUGGGUCCUGUUGGCCAAGAGAUCCAUAGAACAUUUCCUUUUUAUAAUAGAAAUGAUACAGAUAUAAAUAUCUUAAUAAAAAAAUUUGAUAUCUAUUGCAUAUAUGGAGAUAGAAGAAGAAAUGGCAAAAGUAUCGAUGAAUAUAUAAUUAAUUUAAAACUUAUCGCCAUUAAACACAAUUAUCUUGAUCCUACAAGUAUCGUAAAAGAAAAAAUUAUACAAGAGAUAACUACUCGGCGUUUCAGAGGACAGGCUGCGCAUGUUAUAAGAUCUAAAGGAAAAAAUCUGAUACCAUAUCUACAAUCAUUAGAUCUCAACAAUAUUAUUCGGUUUUGGAAAUAUUGUGAAGAUUUAAUGCCACCAAAGAAAGGAAAAAGAAAAACAAAAUAAAACCAAAACAAGAAGAGAAAGAAAAUGAAGAAUCUGUAAAACCAAAUAUCAAAAAAGAACUUAUAAAACUAAAUAUCGAAAAAGAAUUUUUAAAACCAAAUAUCAAAAAAGAACCUAUAAAACCAAAUAUCGAAGAAAAACCUAAAAAACCAAA